GAUGACCAAAUCAAUGCUCAUCUUUCUCUUCCUUUACCUCAAUGCAGGAGGGCAUGUGAAAUUUGCUAAUGGAACGGCAACUUGGUGUGUGGCAAAAUUUUCAGCAAGUGAAGUUGAACUGAAUGAAAACAUAGAAUAUGCUUGUAACAUGUUGGGGGAUUGCAAGAUUAUUCAAGUUGGUGGAUCUUGUUUCUACCCAAACACACCCUUAAACCAUGCCUCUGUUGUUAUGAAUCAAUACUAUGCUAAGUAUGGAAGAAAUGCUUGGGAUUGUUACUUUUCUGGGUCUGCCCUAAUUGUUGUCACUGAUCCAAGUUAUGGGAGCUGCAAAUAUGCAUAGUGGAAGAUGAGAAGCUCUGAUGGAAGAUAUAUGGA